AUGGAGGUGCAUACUUAUGAAGUCCUGGCAUACUUUAUGCCAGCUUCUCCGCCCAAUGUAAUCCCUACGCUUACAAGUGUCAUUAUCACACUUACUUCAUCUAAUUGGUUCGUUACCAUGGAUCCCGCUAUUCCAGAUGGUGUCCCCACCGAUAUCUACCAGCUCCCCUCUGCCCCUCCCACUAUCAGACCCUGCUACUGUGGUAAUCGGAUGCAAUCAUCCGAUGAAUCAGAAGGCGAAUGGGAUUCAUAUUGGGAGUGUACGGCGGUCUGUAAAUUGUGGAAACGCUUCAAGAUCCAGCAGGAGAUUGCCAAUGGUCCACGUGUCGAGUUCUAUCUGUUCGUUGAGACUGAACUCGAUUUGGAUGAAACCCCACUCCUCGAAAGAGUCGACAUCCCUGAUGUGCCUCCCAUUUGGGAGAGAAGAAUGCUCAUGAUCAGAGUCGAGAGGACCACUCCAGUGGAUGUUCGUCCAGACCAAAAUGACCUUGGAUACAUCAAAAGGUUCUUGAAAACCCGCUGCCAUGACGAAACCCAGUGGAUAGGCCGCUUUAGCAAUGACGAUGACCUCGAUGGUUAUGAGGCCUGGGAAGCCGGCGACCACACCGACUACGACUUCAUCGAGCCCGAUGAAGGUGAACUUGGAGACGACGAGUAUGAUGAAUCGGACUCUGACAACGACGAGUAUGAUGAUGCCUCCGAGGGAUAUGAUAGUGAUGGCGAUGAUGAUUACGACGAGAAGGACGAAAGGUACGGUGCCGAUGAGACCGAAACCGAGAAUACCGACGAUGAAGAGGAGUACUUCAACGAGAAGGAAACUAGCGAGCAAGAAGACGCUGAGGACGAGAAGAAAGAUGAGGAUACUGAUGAUGAUGAAUACGAGGGCAAGUAUUGGGGGCUUCAUAUCGAGAGGGAGAGCAAGAUUGCGAAGCCGUGGAUGAACGAGCCUUUGAAGAUGUGA